AUGAAUGAUGUGAUUAGCAGGAGGACGUUGUGGGGAGACGUAUGUACGCUUGCUCAUGGGAUCUCUGAUGAACCAUGGUUUGUGAUGGGGGAUUUCAAUGUUGUGCUCGAUAUGAGUGAAAGUUGUGGGGCUUCCGGUGAUAUUAGGCAAGCCAUGGAGGAAUUCCAUGCAUGCAUCAUGGAGGCAGGACUUAUUACAAUUCCUGCGCAGGGUGAGCCAUUCACUUGGCAUAAUUGUAGCACGAAUGGAUGGAGUUUAUGGAAGCGGCUUGACAGAGUGUUGGCUACAGUCAUGCAAUAUUGGUCAAAUGCUUGUUAUUGGAGCCUUGCUCCAAGUACCUCGGAUUAUUCUCCUCUCCUAAUCCAUGGCGGCACGCGGUUAAACUAUGUAAGUGUAUUCCGAUUUGAUAACUAUUUGGCUUCCUCACCUGAUUUUCUUGAUACAUUUCACUCGGUUUGGAGGCACACUAUUGUGGGUACAACUAUGUUUGCGGUUAAGAGGAAGGUCCAAGCCCUUAAACUUGUUUUUAGGGCUCUUCGACAACACAAAGGGGAUAUUUCAUUAAAUGUUAAAUUAGCAAGGGAAUUCCUUGCUGCUGUCCAACAGCUCUUGGCGAGAAGUGGUAGGACAAGCUUCUCUUGCAGCUUGAGCAUUGCUGCAAACUUGUCUAUACGCAUGCUGUAA